GAUUCACAGUUGCUCACGUUUGAGGAAGAUGACCCAUCAGAACCGCUUGAGCUAGCAGUUAAACAAGUUGUUAGUGUUGUAAAGUCAGCUCAAGAGAAGGUGGUUUCUUGCAAUGUCAUGGGCGAUUCUGUUACAUUUGUUGUCACUGUCUCACAUACUUCACCCGCAGCCUCAAGUCAGUCAUACAGCGUGAAACUGUCUCCACUUCACUUGCAGCUUCAGCUCUACGUGAAAGACAAAGGAGAAGAUGUCAAAGUCGAGUGGUUCCUCGUUAACGCCAAUGAAACCAACUUUGAAAUCCAGCCAACAGUGAAGGAGGGACAGACUGCAGGGACAUGUGCAAUAUCUGAAACGCUUAGAGAUGUUUUGAAGAACCUCUUUAGCUCAGUUUCUCCUUCUGUAGUCUUGAGUACGAGGCCUACAGAUAUAAAGGAGGUUCAGAAUGUACAGAACACAAGCCUUCUCCCUCAGGGCACAAGUCCGCCUAAACCUCCAAGGGCUCAUGAACUCAAACUGCUGGUGAAGAACAUUGCGGUAAACCUAAUUGAUCACAGUGCUGCAGGCAGCACAAACCUUGCGUGUAUAGUUCAGCUGAAUGACCCUAUGCAGAAGUUUUCCAGCUCUGUAGCCAAAAAUGCUGCAAAUCCCUUUUGGAAGGAAGAGUUUCUCUUUGAACUAAGUGCCAAAUCAAAAGCAUUGCAACUGCAAAUAGUAGAAGAUGGGAAGUUGGAUAGUCCUUUGUCCGCAAAGGUGACUGUACCUCUAGACUUGUUCAGGAAACAACCUUCUGGCCAGCAAAGCUUUGCACUGAACAGCGGGGCCAGUGAGAGCAGCCCAGAGCCGGGGCCCGGGCUGGGAUCCUUUAGUGCAGAGUUCUCUUUUAUAGAACCCAAUGAAUUAAAGACAUGGCAAGUCUCUACUCCAGUGCCAGCCACUAAGAUAGAAAAGGAUCGCACUGUGAUGCCCUGUGGGACUGUGGUCACUACUGUAACUGCUGUGAAAACCAAACCUCGCCUAGAAGGGAGAUCAUCUCCACUGAGCACAGAUUCUCCUGUGAAAACUCCAGUUAAAGUAAAGGUGAUUGAAAAGGAUUUCUCUAUUCAAGCUCUCCAUUCUCAUGGUGCUCCAGUCAGCAAAACUCUAUCAUCUUCAGACACAGAGCUGCUGGUACUGAAUGGCACCGAUCCUGUUGCAGAAGCAGCCAUUCGGCAGUUGAGUGAGUCUGCAAAGCAGAAGCUGAAGUCUCCGAGGAAGAAAAGCACCAUUAUCAUAUCAGGGGUGUCCAAGACCUCUUUAUCUCAGGACAGUGAAGCUGCGCUGAUGAUGGACUAUGCUGCAGCCAUGGACAGCUCUUGCAAAGAAGUAAAGCCACCCACUGUGGAGGAAGCCGUCACCUCUGAUGAAAAGCUGUCAUUAGGUACUUCAGGAACAGUACCUGAUACUGACCCACAGCAAAGCGCCCAUAAGGCUUGGGGUUUGGAGAAUGGCAGCCAACAGUGGGACACCAACACACUCUUAGACCAGACCUGUGAAGAAAUAUCUGGGAGCUCGUUAAGUGUUUCAGAAACUGGGAGCAUGAAAAAAUCUAAAGGUGGGAUUUUGAAAAAAAGCGCAAAGCUCUUUUUCCGCCGGCGACAUCAUCAGAAGGAUCCAGGAAUGAGUCAAUCACACAACGAUCUUGUCUACCUGCAGCAGCCACUGUCGGAGGAAACUCGCAAGAAGGGAGGCACACUUUCACGUAUUCUGAACAGAAAGCUCCUUUCCAAAAACAAAAGCAAGAGCAAACUGAAUGGUGCUUCGGCAGAACCAUACGCAUGA